AACACCAAUUCCCAAAGAAAAAAGUAAAGUAACCAAGAAAUAUUUAACCAAAAGAAAUAUAAACUCAAAAUCUAAAAAGAUAUCAGAUAAUAUUAUUAUCUCUAAAGAAAUCCCUAUAGAUACAGACAAAGAAUUAGUUAAAAUCUCUGAUGAUACUAGUGAUGAUAUCAAAUUAUCUACCUGUAAUACUUGUACAAAUAGGAAACAUACAUACGUCAAUAUGGAAACACAAACAGAUACAAUUAUAUAUACCGAGACAAUGAUACAGACGACCAAUAAAUAUUCGAUUUUUGAUUGUGUUGAUAUAGAAACACAAACAGAUAAUGUCGAGACAAUG